AUGCAGUUCUCAUUCGCAACCCUUUCCCUCGCUCUCAUCACUCUCUCCAUCGCCUCUCCAGUUCCAACCACCUCCAAGGAGAAGGCCGCCGCAAAGGCAGCAGCAGCAGCAGCUUCCUCGACCACCGCAGCAUCUGCAGCAACUAGUACCGCUUCUACUGGCACUGCCGCUGCCGCUGGUGAUGUCCUCACUUCUUCGGACUACAACACCAUCCAAAUCUCCAGCGGAACCGCUGGAAGCGCAGAGACCGAAGCAAAUGCUCUCUUCGCCAACAUCGACAUGAACAACCUCGCGGGUGUUAGCGCCGCCGAUUUGGACAUCAUCAAGGGUACCCACGAUGCUGCCGAGGACGCGGAGGUCAACGCUUUCAACCCAGCUAUUGCAGCUGCUACCGGAGAUGAAGCUACCGCUCUUCAAAAUGGUAAAAUCAAGAACAAGGUUCUUAAGCUUACUGCUGAGGUUCUCGGUGAGCAGAUCAAGGCUGCUCAGGGUGGUGAUGGCAGUGGUGUUGCCAAAGAGCAGGCUAAGCUUGCCAACAACAUUAAGCUUGAUACUGCUGCCGCUGGUCAAGCCAGCACCUCAGUCAGUUUCGCUGCCUCCAUUCCUGCUUAG